AUGACGAGUGGGAAGCAGGGCGAGUGGAGUGACGAGCUUAAAAGACUCGGAGAAUUUCGGUCUGCCCAUCGGCACGAGGAACGGGCAUCUCCGGCUUUUCCCGUCAUGGAUGCCCGUGCCCGUUCUCCCCAGAAACAAGGCCAGACCGUCUGGACAUCGGCUCCCCGAAAUCAUGUGCCUCCGGCGCGUGUGAGGCCUUGUGUGGAUGGCCAAGUGGGGAACCUUCGUCGGCGACUCCGGCCGGGUUCUGGGUUCGAGACGUUGACCAUGUUUUCAAGGAAGAAGCGCGACUUGAUGAAGACGCCGUCCAUCUCCAAGAAGGGCCGGGCGGCCAGUCCCGUGCCACACGCGGCCACGAUGGCGCGUGGUCAUCUGAGGGAGUCCUCGGUCGGAGGGAAGCUCCGGUGUCCGGCCCUUCUCGGCCAGGGCUCCCUUCUCCUCCGGAACCCUCCCCACGUUCCGGAUCCAUCCCGUUGUCCCGGGCAGCGGCCGCCACGGAGAUCGCCGUUGUUACGAGCGGCGGCCGUUGGUGGGUCUUCCCUUCAUUGCUUCAUCGCUUCCAUCUCCUCGUUGGACCAAGGCCGUGGUCGAGCUCGGCUACUCGAGAGAGAGAGAGGCCCAUUCCGGAGCGGUGGUGCCUCUGGCCCUGGCCGCCUCCUUCUUCCAGAGGGUGACCACAGCAUCGGCAGAACCACCAGCCGAGGAGGCCGGAAGCUCCCCAAACGCCGCCGGGAAUCCCUCCGGAUCCGGGAGCCUUUGGACCAUUUCCAUAGGUCCUCCACCCCGGCAGAGAGUCUCAGCCUGGUCAGAAACACCAUGAAGCGACUGGUGCAUUACCAGUGCUGCACAUGGAGCGAAGGGGUGGAGCUCCCACCAAUCCAGCCAACGACCACCUACCACAGGGUCAGCAGCCGCCCGCUGGAGCGCCCGUCCCCGCUGCCGCCGCCUGUCCCUGCCCACCACCACCACCCCGUGGCACCGGCCGGGCCUCGUCGUGCACGCUGGGAGCCGGCCGCCCACCGUGCCGACGAGGCCCGCGCCAGGAAGACCGGCCUGGCGUUCCAAAAAUUAGAGGAGGCUGCCUGGCGUAUUUAUAGAGACCACCACGAGCGGCAGUGGGCGGCGAUGAAGGAAGGCCGGUGCGACGUGGUGGCCCUGCGUGAGGCCCAGCGGACAGCCCUCGUCGCCCUCUUCCGCCGCUUCCUCUUCUUUGAGUUGCCAAGGCUCAAGGUGCACUCCCGGCGGGCCCGUGACGCCCAGGAGCGGCUCUUGGCCCUCCUGGAAGCUGAGGUCCGCCGGGGGUGCCCUUGGAGGAAGAUCAGCUUAUUAAUCCAACGGGCCGAAGAAGAGGAGGCGGCGGAGGAGGGCGGCGAGGAGGGCGAGGCGGCGGAGGAGGAGGUGCAGCAACACCCGCCCUCGCCUCCCCGCCUCGCCACCGUCCGCCUGUCACCACCCUGCCAGCCUCGGCCACCACCUCCCCGGCCUUCCUUCACCGCCGCCCAAGCUCGCCGCCGCAGCCUCCUCGGACGCCAGGCCAGGGCCACCGUGGGCAGGGACCCACACCAAGGCGGCGGCAGUGGCAGCGGACAAGGCCUCCAGCUGGCGGUCGUCGGGAAGGCCGUUGCCAAGAGGCCGUGAGCCCCCCGCCCAGCUCCAACGGCGAGGGUCCGGAGGGGAGGCCGGGGGUUGGGCCGGAUCUUGGGGCGGACACAAGGGGUUGGUGGCGCGCCCCUCUCCACAUCUGCUGCCGGGGCCCCUGAAGAACGUG